UUUUCAGCCUCUCUUCUCUCGUCUUUUACAUCUAACACAACACAAAAUAUACAAACAAAACCUUUCACUACCUCUUCAUCAAUGGCGAAAACCUCUGCUUAAAUUCAACCCCAAAAAAAUUCCCAAUCUCUCUCAUCGUCAACUCAAUACUCUCUGAUAAUUAAGCUUGGGUUUCAUCUCCAAUGGCGGCUGUAACAUCGUUGUCUUUCUCCGCAUUAUCUCAGUCAUUUGAGAGAAAAUUGAGCAUUACUUCGACUCGAACUUUUGCAUCUACUUUCGAAUCAAUUCGUCUGCGCUCUAAUUCAUCUUCUGAUCUUUCUGCUGCUGUUAGAGCUUCGAAUUCUUCUUCUGGUUUUGCUGUUCAGUGCAUGUCAUCUACCUCUGCUGUUACUGAAACCCCCCCAGUAUCCGAGACGAAGUUAAAUUUUCUAAAGGUUUACAAACGGCCAAUUCCUAGUAUCUACAACAAUGUGCUACAAGAGUUGAUUGUUCAGCAACAUUUGAUGAGAUACAAGAGGACAUACAGAUAUGAUCCUGUGUUUGCCCUUGGUUUUGUUACUGUCUAUGAUCAGCUGAUGGAGGGGUAUCCCAGUGAUGAAGAUCGAAGUGCCAUCUUUGAAGCUUACAUAAGGGCACUAAAUGAGGAUCCCGAGCAGUACAGAAAAGAUGCACAGAAAUUGGAGGAGUGGGGUCGUACCCAAACAUCUGCUUCACUGGUUGAUUUCUCAUCAAGAGAAGGUGAAAUAGAGGACAUCUUAAAGGAUAUUGCUGCAAGAGCUGGUGGAAAUGGGAGCUUUAGUUACAGUCGAUUCUUUGCAGUUGGCUUGUUUCGUCUCCUUGAAUUAGCUAAUGCCUCUGAACCCACCGUCUUAGAGAAGCUCUGCUCAGCCUUGAAUGUAAAUAAGAAAAAUGUGGAUCGGGAUCUUGAUGUAUAUCGCAACCUCCUAUCAAAACUUGUACAAGCGAAAGAGCUGUUAAAGGAAUAUGUGGAAAGAGAGAAGAAGAAAAGAGGAGAGAGAGCAGAAGUACAGCAAGCUAACGAGGCGAUGACAAAGUGAUUGGGAGCAUACCAAAGCCGUUGUACUACAUUGCUGUCAAUUUGUACUAAUAUUAUUAUUUGCACCUAUAGUGGCCAUAUUUUUGUUUCCAAGUAACUUAGUAGAGAGAGCUCGAGAGUUAUACAUGUCUAUAUUAUCCCCUGCUCUUGUUUAGAUUCAGUUAUAUGAGGUUGCUUGUAAGUGUAAUUACAUACAUGUAUUUUUGUUUCAACUACAGAGGAAAAAAAUUACAUGUAUAUUAUUUUAACUACACCGAAAAAAUUCAUUUCAGAUUUGCUGAUUUCAUAUCCAGGCCACUAUAUGUCUCG